AUGAGCAGUGCGACGCGAUCAUUACGUCGUUCUCGACGAAAUUUUGACACGGCAACGACAAGUGUUGUAGAUUCAGAUGGCACAGUAACAAUUGGUUCAUCCGAUGGUGACUGGUCUCCUCCAAUUCGACGCCGUCGUGUUGAAAAUGACCAGGGAUACUCAGAAGUUGAUAAUAUAAGCACAGAUAAAGAAACGGAUGCAAAAAUAGAACUUGGCAUCCGACUCGUCUCACAAAUACGACUUAUUAAUCAUAUUAGGAAAGCUACUGCUUUUGAUAAAAAAGUUUCUGACAAUGCUGAGUGUGAAACGAGCACUGAAACUGUCGAUAUUGAGCUGAAAUUUUUAGAAAGCACAAGUACUGAAAUGUCAUUCGAUAAGUUAUUGGGUCCAGGAACUGAUGAGAUGAGUCAUUCUCGCAAGCAACCUAUUCAGUUCCCCAUAUAUGCUUCAGAAACAACAUCACUUCCACCCAUUGAAAUUAAAGUAGAAGAAAACAGCGCGGCAUCGCCGUGUUCAUCAUAUUUGGAACAGCCAUCCACAUCAACUAUCAUUGCACAUCCUGCCUCUUCGAUACCUUCAGCUACUGCUCAGUCCACUCCUCGAAGUUCUUCAGUAACUGGAGUAGAAUCAAGCGUUGAAAGAGUAGCUAGACAGGAAGCUCAAGUAUUAGCCCGAAUUGCUGAGCUUCGUCGGCAGGGUCUUUGGACGGCAUCUCGCUUACCAAUGAUUGAAAUGCCUCCACGGAAUAAAACUCAUUGGGAUUAUUUGUUGGAAGAAAUGCGGUGGAUGUCAAUGGAUUUUCGUCAAGAAAGAACUUUCAAACGGCAAGCUGCACGAAAAUUCUCGUUCCAAAUUGCGCGUAUUUUACGGGAUCGUGAACAGGAGAAGAAACGAUCAGAACAGCGAGCAUUGAAAGAGGCUAGGCGCAUCUGUGCACUUAUUGCAAAAAUGGUUCGAGAUUUUUGGCAAAACGUUGAUAAAGUGGUUGAUAUGCAUGCACAGGAAAUAAUAGAGUCGAUGAAACGAAAAGCACUAGAUCAGCAGUUGGAAAUGAUGGUUGGUCAUGCGGAUAAAAUAAGUGAAAUGGUCCAAGAAGGUCUUAUAGGAGAAAGAUCAAGCAGAACGUCGUCUGCUUUUAGUUGUGACAAUGUUAAAGAUGUAGAUGACAUCAGUUUUUCUACUGAUUCAUUGGACGACGUUUCAAUUUCUGACUCCGAAGCUGUGGUUGGAAAUGUCGAAGAGGAAAUGCAAGGAUUGAUGGCUGAAGGAAAUCUUGAACUUAAUGAUUUACUUGAUUCAUUACCAUCAGGAUAUCUGGAAAGCUUCUCAAAAUUUACAAGGAAUCAGGACUCUUGCGAGCUUUACACUGGAAUACCGACGGACAACAGCCAACCAGAAGGUAGUGAAGUGUCGACAGAAUGCUCUGCAUCUGAAUUAAUGCGAGAAAAAGAUCUAAUAUGUAAUAAUGCAUCUUCUUCCGAGGUCAAAACAUCACUAAAAAAAGAAAUUCUCGAUUCUACAGAUAUGUCAAGAGAUACUGCUAUAGGCGAUACAAUAAAUUUUGAUCGAUUAGCGUCAGAAAGUAGUGAAGAGCGACAAAAGGAAUUGGCAAAUAUUGCGGAAGAAGCACUGAAACUACAACCAAAAGGAUUCACUUUAGAGACUACUCAAGUAAAAACUGAAGUGCCUCAUCUGAUCAGAGGUACGUUAAGAGAGUACCAGAUGGUUGGCUUGGACUGGUUGGUAACAUUAUACGACAAUGGUUUAAACGGUAUCCUAGCUGAUGAAAUGGGUUUGGGAAAAACAAUACAAACAAUCGCACUCUUUGCACAUUUGGCUUGUAAGGAGUACAUUUGGGGUCCGCAUCUCAUAGUUGUACCGACAUCAGUAAUUUUAAAUUGGGAAAUGGAAUUCAAAAAGUGGUGCCCAGCCCUCAAAAUAUUGACUUAUUUUGGCAGCCAAAAAGAGCGAGCAGAAAAACGGAAAGGCUGGUCAAAACUGAAUGCUUUCCAUGUUUGCAUCACUUCUUAUAAAAUUGUGACCCAGGAUAUUCGAUCAUUCAAGCACAAAGCUUGGCAGUAUUUUGUUUUGGAUGAGGCACAAAACAUCAAAAAUUUUAAAAGCCAGAGGUGGCAAACAUUGCUGAACAUUCGUGCUCGUAGACGUUUACUCUUGACGGGUACACCUUUGCAAAAUUCAUUGAUGGAAUUAUGGUCUCUUAUGCACUUCUUGAUGCCAGCUAUUUUUGCAUCUCAUAACGAUUUCAAGGAUUGGUUCAGCAAUCCUUUGAAUGAUAUGAUGGAAGGUAAUGUGGAAUGGAAUGCGUCACUGAUACAGAGGCUUCAUAAAGUACUCCGACCAUUCAUUUUGAGACGCUUGAAAAGCGACGUGGAAAAACAGCUACCGGAAAAAACAGAACAUAUUAUUAAAUGUCCUCUGUCAAAACGGCAGCGAUGUCUUUAUGAUGAUUUCAUGUCUAGAAGAUCGACGCGAGAAAACCUGCGGUCAGGCAGUGUUAUGUCAGUGCUGAAUAUUGUUAUGCAGUUGCGGAAAUGCUGUAAUCAUCCAAAUUUGUUUGAACCUCGGCCAAUCAUGUCCCCUUUUGUUAUGCAGCCAUUGACUAUCACUGUACCAGGCAUGGUGUUAGAUAUCUGUCGGAGGAAUGAGUUCGAAAAGACUGAUGUGUUAGAAAUUUUUAAAAUUUCUCUUCGCGGGUCUUUUUUUGCACAUAGCGAAGGACAUCGUUUAGUUGUACGUGAGCAGAUAUUGAAAGAUCAGAUUGCUGUACCGUUUGAUAUACCAGUACCGAAAUUGAAAGGAUUUCAUUUUUCACGGCCGCCUCCACGAAUUCAUUUGCAACCUCAAACCAGGGAAGGAUCAAAAGUUUUUAUGCCAGUCCCGUUGCCAUCGGCAGGCAUUCCACGUGGUAAUGAUCUAUAUGUUUCUGUCGAUGAUCUUGGUAACGCACGGGUAUAUCAGCUGGUAGUUGAUAGUACUGGAGGUCGUAUGGUUCGUGAAUGUGCCGGAAGCUCUGUGGCAAGCAGUCGUAUUGUAAUUUCGGACGAGAGUGUUCCGCAGAAAAUUAAUACUAGUGCUCCUGCUAUGCAAGCAUCAAGUCCGUCUUUAAUGCGUGUAACACCACUUCAAAGAUCAGACCUUGUUAUCAGGAAAGAAAGUGUUCCUGAAUCAGCAACUACUUCUGCAUCUCUAUCUAUUCCAUUUCUCAAACCAGUGUUUCGAACGACAACAGUUUUAUCGCAAACCCGAUCGUCAACCAGUAUCCCUGAGAAAAGUAAAACUACGUUUAACAAUGGUUGCACAUCCUUCUCAGAAAAUCACAUCGCCGCGACUUUUCCGAUAGCUCAGGCACAGGUAAAGAUGUUGGAGCCGGAAUCAGCUAAUGUGGGUAGAGGUGGUAGAACUGCUGAUGGCAAGCAGGCUUCAGUUGCAAUAAUGAAGGUCGAUAAAGCGAAAGCAACGAACUCCAUAGAAGAGACGAGUCAGAAGUCAAGUUUAUAUGAUUUCCUAGUUUUGCCUGAUACACUGAAAGUCACUGAAAAAAUACAAGCUGAAAGGUUGCAACGGUGUGCUGCAAUUUGUGCCCGGCGUUUGUCGUUCCCCAAUGUUCGUCGUUCACCUUUGGUGCCAGAUGAGCUAUUCGAAAUUAUUCAGAAGGAACUAAACUGGCAGAAAUACCAUCAAAAUUCUUCAACAUUAGACUCAUUAAAAUGGCUCGUUCCAUCUUUAGUUGACUGGACGAUUGAUGCAUCACAAAGAUUCAAUGUUUUUGUGCACGGUGCACUCUCAGACGAACCAUAUCUUGAAAUAAACAGUAGUGGGUGUUAUGCUUACAUACGCGAAGAUCACAGCGAUUCAGUGGAGGAAUGUCAGCGUAUAAUGUUGGACUCUGACGACUUGUUUUCCCAGAUUGAUAUGUUACAAAAACUUCAGUUUCCGGAAUUGAGACUAAUAGAAUACGAUUGUGGCAAACUACAAGUACUGAACGGUUUGUUGCGUGAACUUUUUCUUUACAAACACCGUUGCUUGAUUUUCACUCAAAUGGCACGAGUACUAGACAUUUUGCAAGCUUUUCUAUCAUUCCAUGGUUAUCAGUACUUCCGUUUAGAUGGAACGACUGGCAUUGAACAGCGUCAGGCAAUGACGGAACGAUUCAAUGCGGAUCCGAAAAUAUUCUGUUUCAUUUUGUCUACUCGUUCAGGAGGUGUAGGUGUAAAUUUAACUGGCGCAGAUACGGUAAUUUUCUAUGAUUCUGAUUGGAAUCCAACAAUGGAUGCGCAGGCUCAAGAUCGGUGCCAUCGUAUUGGACAAACUCGAAAUGUCACAAUUUAUCGUUUAAUUAGUGAACGAACAAUAGAAGAAAAUAUUCUACGGAAGGCGAUGCAGAAGCGUCGUCUUGGUGAGAUGGCAAUUGAUGAAGCAGGUUUUACUCCUGACUUUUUCAAGGGGGAUAAUGUUAGGGAUCUAUUCGAAGGGGACACAAACGUAUGCGAUGUUAUCGCUCCUGUUACAGUAACAGACAGCAGAGAAAUCGAGAAAGCAAUGGCAACGGUAGAGGAUAUACAGGACGUACAUGCAGCGAGACGAGCAAAUGCUGAAGUAGAAGCAAAUAUAGCUGAAUUUGAUGAAAGUGUUCUAUUGCAUUCUACCGAUAGUGGCCAAGAAAAAGUAGAAUCAAAGUAUUUAGAGCUGAUAAAUAAGUUGAAACCAAUUGAACGAUAUGCGAUCAGUUUUUUGGAAGCUGAAUACAAACCAAAUUUUGAGGAAGAAGUAAAGGAGGCAGAGGCUUUGAUUGCUUCGAAAAAAGACGAAUGGAUAAAGGCGCAAGAAAAUGCAAUGGAGCAAGAUGAAGGCGAUCGGCAAAGCGACGAUGAUGUUUCAUUGACGUAUUUAAGUGGAUUCAAUAUUCCUGGUUCUGUGGAAGAGGUACGCUCAAAAGCAUCAGCAUCUCGUUUAGCAUCUCUCAGACCUCAUAAGCCUACACACUCACGUAAUUUGCGUUCUACGACCUUAGCUACUAGAAGAACACGCUCGUCUCCUCGUUUCAUUCAGACCAAGAAAAUCGAGACGGUUGAGGAUAGUAUGACUAAUAGUACAGUAGUUAGUAAGCAUAAACCAGUGAUGAAGCAAAGCAUUAAAGAAACGGAAACUGAGUCAAAAAGUAACUUGUCACAGGUUGUUUCGAACUCGUCGCCUGAAAUCUUAGUCCCGAAUCUUUCUAGUGAGAACGUAUCGAAAACGGCUUCAUCAUGUAAAGUGAACUUUGCUGCCCGUGAAGAUUUAUGUGCACGGGUUCUUCCGAUUCCUGUUGCUAUUACUAAAGCAGGACGUUGCUCGUCUUCCACAUAUUCAUCACAACAUCCACCUUUGCCUGUAAAGUUUUCUUCUAAUUUAUCUCUUCCCUUUAGUUCUGGAGCAAGAACUCUCCCCAAGCCUAAUAUUUUUGUUAAUUCGUCUCCAUCAACUUCUUAUACCGUAAUAGGUAAGGAUGGGACACCAUUUAUACGAUGUCAGAGGUUUUCUUCGCCUUCUAGCACUGCUGCACAGCCCUUAUCGCAUCAGAUGUGGACAGCUUCAAGAAUCUCAGUGCCUGCCGCAGUUGGAAAAAGGCAAUGUGAAAUUGGAGCCCUCGAAUUUGCUAGGCCGGUUCCAUCGAUAUGGGAAGCUUCUACUCAAUAUUCGUCGCUUUCCGGCAUGCGAAUAAAACCAUCACUGGGUGAUUACGAGCGGCCAAGACUGUGCUUGCGAAAACGAGGUGAUCCUAAAAGUAGCGAAGUUGAACCAUCGUCCGCCUCAUCAGACAUUUAUCCGGAAUGA